UCAGAAUAUCUUUCCUUUUGUAGAAGGAGAAUUUAAACUUUACAACAUAAUUGUCAAGGAAUACAAUGACACCAAAUAUCUGGACUACACAUCUCAGUCCUCCAUUGAACAUAUUUGAGGUAUAAAAUUGUGGUACUAACAAAAACUUUAAAACACGGACAAUGGCAGAAGAUGGAGAAAAUAUUCUUAUUGGUAAUGUUCUUUCACCACAUAACAUUUUUCAUGUUCCAGCUGAUGGAAAUUGUCUCUUUAGCUGUUUGUCAAUGUGCAUUUAUGGCGAUAUAUUAUUCAAUAAUCAAAUGCGUAAAAUUAUAGUUGAUCACGUCAUCAGUGCAUGGCAAAGGUUACACUCUUACACAUUUACAUCAACUGGUGAAACAUAUACUUCACCUAAUGAAUAUGCUUCAGAAAUGUCAAAAGAUGGCAUUUACGGUACAACGUGUGAGUUAAUUGCUGCAAGUGAAAUAUUUGAUCACCAAUUUCAAAUUUUUAGAAAUGGUAAUAUUAUUGCUCAAUUCGGUGCCUUAAACGAUAGUUUCUCAAGGUUAAAGUUAUCCGGAGAAAUAUCAAAUGGACAUUUUGACGUGUUAAUACCUGUUUCUCGUGGAUUAUCAAUAUCUAAUUUUACUUUUUCUGAAAAUUUGGUCCCUUCUUCAAAAUUAAAACGAGUGUAUACUAAGCGAAAAUCUAAUUUGGCUCAAAAGAAUAUCCGGAAAAAAAAUAAAAAUCGUAUUAGUAUAUUACGUUCAAAAAAAAAAUUGUCCUCAAAUAAUUGGACUAAUAAAUUAAACUCAGGUUUCAUGUAUGACAUUCGAAUAGAUUAUCAAAAUGACUCGUCUGUUGCUUUAGGUCAAAUGAGUCUUGUAUGUAAAUAUUGCAAUGCAAAGAGAUGGAAGGACGAAGCAUCAGGAUUGUGUUGUAAUAAUGGAAGAACUAAUUUACCAAAAUUACCCACACCACCAGAGCCACUUAAUAGUCUUUUGACUGGUCAUCAUAGUCUAUCUAAACAUUUUCUAAAUAAUACUAGAAAAUAUAAUGGUUGUUUCCAAAUGACAUCAUUUUUUGCUAACAUAGUAAACGAAUCUUUUUGUCGUACAACAUUUAAAAUACAGGGGCAAGUUUACCACAGUAUUGGUAGUCUGUUGCCAUCGGUGGGAAAACAACCAUCCUUCUUACAAAUUUAUUUCGUUAAAAAUGAUGUUAUUGAGAGAGAUAUUAGACUCGAUAAUUAUUCAAGUUUAUCACCAGACUUAGUAUUAGAGCUCCAAAGAAUGCUUCAUAAUGCAAAUGGCUACAUCAAAGAUUUCUUGAGUGCUUCAGAAAUAAUGACGAAAAAUGAUAAUGUUCAGUUAGUAAUUCAUGCGAACAAAAAAGUUAAUGAUGUCCACAAAGGGAGACUAAAUUUGCCAAGAACAAAUGAAAUUGCUGUAUUAUUGUCAGGAAAUAUCGGUGAUAAAAGAGAUAUUGUUAUACGACAAAGAGAUGAGGGGCUUCAAAGAAUCAGCGAAACCCACCGAUCUUACGAUGCAUUGCAAUAUCCUCUUAUUUUCAGUUAUGGUGAAAAUGGUUAUUCAAUAGACAUCUUACAAUACGAUCCUGUACAGUCAAAACCAGGGAAAAAAACUGUUUCAGCGUUGAACUUUUAUUCAUACCGUAUUAUGGAACGAGUGGGUCUUAAUAAUCAUUUACUACAUUUUAGAGAGCUAUUUAAUCAAUUUUUAGUUGAUAUGUUUGCAAAAAUUGAGACAGAGCGAUUAAGGUUUAUACGAUUUAAUCAAUCAAAAUUGCGAGCUGAAAAUUAUUUGCAUUUAAAAGACGCAAUCGACAAAAAUGAUGCAAAUCCAUCAGAAAUUGGGCAGAAGGUUAUUUUACCAUCUUCAUUCACUGGUAGCCCUCGCUACAUGCAUGAAAAAAGUCAGGAUGCAAUGACAUAUGUUCGUCAUUAUGGCAGACCAGAUUUAUUUAUAACUUUUACUUGUAAUCCUAACUGGCCAGAAAUUAAAACAAAUCUAUACGGAGAUGAAAAACCAUAUGAUCGCCAUGAUCUUGUGUCUAGGGUUUUUUAUUUAAAAGUUAAAAAAUUAAAAAAAAUAUUAAUCCAACAUAAACUGUUUGGUGAAGUAAGAGCCUUCAUGCUUUCAUUUGAGUGGCAAAAGCGUGGGUUACCACAUGUUCAUAUCUUACUAUGGUUGUUGAAUAAGAUUAAACCAAAUCAAAUUGAUGAAAUUAUUUCUGCUGAGAUUCCAAAUCAUGAAAAAGACCCAAAACUAUACGAAAUUGUAAAGUCAAAUAUGAUUCAUGGGCCUUGCGGGGAGUUGAAUUUAAAAAGCCCAUGCAUGAGUGAAAAAACAUGCACUAAAAGAUAUCCACGUCCAUUUCGUGAUGAAACACAGUCUGAUCAUGACGGAUAUCCUCUGUAUCGAAGGAGAAGUGUUGAAAAUGGAGGUUUCACCGUUAAUAUUAACGGUCUAACAGUUGAUAAUAGGUGGGUUGUUCCAUUCUCGCCAGUUCUGUCUCGAACAUUUGAUGCGCAUAUUAAUGUUGAAUUGUGCAGUUCAAUUAAAUCUAUAAAAUAUGUAUGUAAAUAUAUCAAUAAAGGUUCUGAUUUAUCAUCAUUUUCUCUUAAAAAUGAAUAUGAUGAAAUACUGAUUUAUGAAACUGGUAGGUAUAUCAGUACAUCAGAAGCUGUCUGGAGAAUCUUAGGAUUCAACAUACAUGAAAGAUUUCCUUCAGUGAUGCAAUUAAGUGUGCAUCUUGAAAACGGGCAAAGAGUUUACUUCACUGAUGAAAAUUUAAUGGAAAAACUGAAAAAUCCAAAAAAUACCACUUUGUUAGCAUUUUUUAACCUUUGUAAAAGUGAUGAUUUUGCUAAAAAGCUCCUAUAUUGCGAAAUUCCAUCUUAUUAUGUUUGGAAAGAUAACACAUUUAUUAGACGCAAAAUUGGUGCAAAAGUUUAUGGUUUUCCAGAUGUUUUUAAAAGUCAAGUCCUUGGUAGAAUAUAUACUAUUCACCCAAAUAACUCUGAGUGUUAUUUCUUGCGAUUGUUAUUGACCAAAAUUAGAGGACCUACGUGCUUUAAUGAUUUAAAAACAGUAAAUAAUGAAAUUCAUCCAACAUUCAAAUCUGCUUGCCAGUCACUGGGGUUAUUAGAAGAUGAUAAUCAUUGGAACUUGACAUUUGAGGAAAGAGCCAUCUCUGACAACCCUUGUAGUUUGAGAGAAUUAUUUGCAAUUAUUCUUGUAUUUUGUGAUGUAGGAGAUCCUUUACGUUUGUGGGAAAGGCACAAAGACAAGCUUUUUUCAGAUAUUAAGUUUACAUUGCAACAGAAAUUCCUGGAAAUGAAUGAAACGAUUAUUCUUGAAAAAGCUCAAAAUGAAUGUUUACUUUUACUUCAAAAAGUUAUUAAGGACUUGUCUGGAAACUCACUCUCGUUUUUCGGUUUACCUGACCCUAUAUAUUUAGAAUCUGAACUUGAGCAAAAAAGAAAUUAUUUUUAUGAACGAGAGACUUCUUAUGAUUAUGAAUUGGCAUCUGCAAUAAUUAAGACACACGAAUCUAAAUUAAAUGAAGAGCAAGCAAUUGUGUUUCAUCAAAUUACAGAUAGCUUAUUUAAUAAUGAAGGUAAUAUCUUCUUCCUCGAUGCGCCUGGUGGAACUGGCAAAACUUUUUUGAUAAAUCUUUUACUAGCUAAAGUACGAAUUUGCGGUAAAAUUGCACUUGCUGUUGCUUCUUCUGGAAUAGCAGCUACCUUACUGUGGGGUGGAAGAACCGCACAUUCAGUGUUCAAAUUACCUAUAGAUAUACUUUCCCACGAAAACCCUGUUUGUAACAUUUCAAAACAAAGCGAUGCAGCCAAAGUUUUACGAGACUGUCAAUUUAUUGUUUGGGACGAAAGUACAAUGUCACAUAAAAAAUGCGUAGAGGCAUUAGACCGUUCUCUCCAAGAUAUUCGCAAUAACAAUCUACCAAUGGGAGGAAUUACAGUUCUAUUCUCUGGCGAUUUUAGGCAAACACUUCCUGUCAUUCCAUCAGGAACACCAGCAGACGAAAUCAAUGCUUGCUUAAAGUCAUCUCACCUUUGGAAUAAGAUGGUAGUUUUACAUUUAUCCAAAAAUAUGAGGGUUCAUGUAGGGUCUGAAAAAAAUAUGGAGGAAUUUGCUCAAAUUUUGUUGGAGAUUGGCAACGGCACAAGGUAUGAAGUUGACGAUAGAAUUGUGUUGGAUGAUAACACGUGUGUAGUUGUUAAUCAAAUUAAUGAAUUAAUUGCAAAAAUUUAUCCCAACAUGAAAAAAAUUCAAUCAAUUCAUUAUUCAUGGUUUAAAGAAAGAGCAAUUUUGUCUGCCAGGAAUGAAGACGUUCUUGAAAUUAACAACUUAUGUUUGAAAAAUAUUGAAUCUCCGGAAAAUACUUACUUAUCAAUUGAUUCAACAACUGAGAUUGAAAAUGCAGUUCACUAUCCUGUUGAAUUUUUAAACACUUUAAAUCCUGCUGGUUGUCCUCCACAUACAUUGCAUUUAAAGGUUGGUGUACCCAUUAUGCUUUUAAGAAAUCUAAAACCUCCAAAAUUGUGCAAUGGUACCAGAUUAAUUAUUAUUGCUUUACAUAAGUACUUAAUUGAAGCAAAAAUAAUUACAGGCCCAAAUGAAGGAGAAACUGUAUUCAUUCCCAAAAUUCCUAUAAUUCCAUCAAACUUGCCGUUCCAAUUUAAGCGUUUUCAAUUCCCUGUGAAACUUUGUUUUGCGAUCAGCAUAAAUAAAUCACAAGGUCAAACGUUAAAAACAGUUGGUGUAGAUCUAAGACAUGAUUGCUUUUCACAUGGACAGGUAUACGUAGCUUUUUCAAGAGUUAGUUCUCCAGAAAAUUUGUUUGUUCUACAACCAACUUGUAAAACCAAAAAUAUUGUUUAUAAACAAGUUUUAUGUUAAUUUAAUGCAAACAAACUUUCACAGAGAAUUGAAAACGCUUCAAAUUUGCUUCAACAAUUAUGAACAACAAUAAUGAGUUGAUUGAAUUUUUUUCAUGUUGUUUUAAAAUCAUUGCAUAAUCAAAAAUUUAGUAGAGAUCUUCUUGGGACGUAGUAACGAUUUUUUGCGAUUAAAUCAUGAUUUUGUCAUGAUACAAUCAUGAUUUUUUUAGAAACUAUUUUUUGCUCCUUGAAUGAUUCUGUUCGAAUUUCUUGUCCAGGUGAAUCCUGUGAUCCUUGUGUUUAGGUACUUCACAUUUAAAAGUCCGAAAUUAUUUUCCGGAAUAAUUUAAUUUUUCCAGAUUAUAAAUUUAAAUUGUUAUUAAAUGAUGAAAAAUUCAAAAUUCCAAUUCCAAUUUCCAAAAUUUCAGAGCAUGUUAUAUCUUCUUUCAAAAUUUAUUGUCAAUUCAAGUUGCUAUUCAAUUAAAA